GAUGUGUUUUUGUCUGUCAGAGGAGAAUGAGUAAAGGGAAAUGCGCUGUCAGGGAAUUACAGACGAGAGUUGUGUAAAUAUAUUUCCAACAGUAAAGAGCGCAACGGUUGUUGCAGGGUGUUCACCGCCCCCGGCUGUGGAGGUUUUUAACCGCCUGCCGAAGCUCUCUGCUUCCGCUUGCCGACCAGAGGAAAGAGGAUAGCCCUUGUCGCUAAGAAGCUGUCGGGGUUGGAAGGUACACCGACGGACGACUCGUUCUUCCUCGCAAGCCACCUGUGUGGAGAUCCACCGAGCUAUCCGUGCGGGUGAAAGUGUCAGCACGACGGACUCGGACAUCUCGAGGUGGCGCGUUUCACUCCGGCGGGAGGUCUGGAUGUAAAAAUCAGGUAGGCAGAAUGUUCCAGCUCCCCGUCAAUAACCUCACCAGUCUACGGAAAGCAAGGAAAAAUGUCAAGAAGGUCCUGGGAGACAUCGGCCUGGAGUUCUGCAAAGAUCACUUGGAGGACUUUAAUGAUUUUACCCCUCCUGAAGUGUAUAUUAAGCACACAAGCUGGGAGGAUGUGUGUAUGUGGGAGCCAUCGCAUACCAAAGUACAGGACUACAGAUCAAAACCUUUCUGCUGCUCUGGCUGCAUUUUUUCAUCCAAGUAUUUCUCAGCGUACAAGAGCCACUUCCGCAAUGUACACAGCGAGGACUUUGAGAACAACAUUCUGCUCAACUGCCCCUACUGCACUUUCAGUGGCAACAAAAAGACACUUGAAACACACAUUAAACUUUUCCACAUGCCUAACAACGCCGCACGGCAUGGCCCCGGGGGUCUGGUGUCCGGAGCUGGUGGGAUCAUGAUGAAGGAUGGCCUGCUGAAGAGGACCGGGGACAGUGUGGAACAGGCAGUGUACUACUGCAAGAAGUGCACCUACAGGGACCCUUUGUACAACGUGGUGCGGAAGCACAUCUACCGAGAACACUUUCAGCAAGUGGCCCAUCCCUAUAUCGUCAAACCAGGAGAGAAAACAAAUGCACAGAAUGGAAAUGCAGAGAGUACUAAUAACACGAACAAUGUUAGCAGUAACCAGAUUCACUGCAAGAAGUGUCUUUUUGUUCCCCGGACGUAUGAGGCACUUGUUCAACACGUCAUCGAAGACCACGAGAGGAUUGGCUACCAGGUCACUGCGAUGAUUGGGCACACCAGUGUGAUUGUCCCCCGACCUAAGCAAAUCAUUAUGUUCCCUCCCAAAACUCAAGGAGACAAGACCAUCAUUGGGAUGGGCCCUAAAGGAGCAGUGAUGGCCACAACAAGGUCUCCUGCCACACAGCAGCUGAAUCGGGCUAUUGUUGCAUCAAAAACUGGCUUUAACUCACUCAGUCUUUUAGCUGGAAUAAAACACGAUGCAAUCGGAUUAAAGGGAGCCAACCAGUCAUUCUCUAUAGCUAACCAUCAAAUUAGGGCCACACUGCCAGGGAAUGCCCAGGUUUCCAUGCCCCAGCAGUCACAUGCAGCAAAGCAGCUUCUUUCAAGCGGUAUCCUGCGGAGCCCAAUUGUGGCCAGCGCGUCCUCUUCCCUCAAAUCCAACCUUCUAGGUUCCCGUGUUCAGGCAGCUGCUACGACUGUAGCCUCUAUCACAGCUAAGAAAGGUGGCUCCUCUGUCCUUGGCACAUCCUACACCCAGAAGUGGAAGAUCUGCACUAUCUGCAAUGAGCUCUUUCCAGAGAACGUUUACAGCUCUCAUUUUGAGAAAGAGCACAAAGCAGAGAAGGUGCCUGCUGUGGCCAACUACAUCAUGAAAAUUCACAACUUCACCAGCAAGUGUCUCUACUGCAACCGGUAUCUGCCCAGCGACACGCUGUUAAACCACAUGUUGAUCCAUGGUCUGUCUUGCCCGUAUUGCCGUGCAACGUUCAAUGACGUUGAGAAGAUGGUGGCUCACAUGCGGCUGUCGCACCCGGAUGAGAGGGUAGGCCCUCACACAGACUCUCCCCUAACCUUUGACCUCACUCUGCAGCAAGGGAAUCCCAAAAAUGUUCAGUUGAUUGUCACCACAUACAACAUGAGAGAUGCCCCCGAGGAGUCUGUGGCAUUUCAUGCUCAGAACAGCUCAACAGCUGCGUCGUCAGCUCUGUCUGCUGCUUCUCUAAUAUCAGGUAAGAGGUUGAUGCCUCAGCAGCCACCAAAAACUGCACCGGUGGUUCACGAAACUCCUCCAGUCAAAAGUGCCCCACAAGCUUCUGUGCCCUAUAAGAGAGACGUAGGUAAGACACUUUGUCCUCUUUGCUUUUCCAUCCUGAAGGGCCCAAUCUCGGACUCACUGGCCCAUCACCUGAGAGAGAGGCACCAGGUGAUUCAGACUGUUCACCCCGUAGAAAAGAAACUGACCUACAAGUGCAUCCACUGCUUGGGGGUUUAUACAAGCAACAUGACUGCCUCAACCAUCACUCUGCACUUAGUUCAUUGUCGAGGUGUAGGGAAGUCUCAAAAUGGGCAGGAUAGCCGGGUCAUUCAUUCUUCUCGGAUCAGCCAGUCUCAGAGCGGCGCCCUCAAACGACCCAGUUUCAAUAUCGCUGAAACCGGUGCACCAAAACGAAGGAGGCGGGGACCCCCUGGUGAACGAGCACAUCCUCGAGAUAUGAACGGCUCAACGUUUGAAGAAAACCCAGAUGAACCAGUAGUGCUGGCUCUUGACCCCAAAGGACAGGAAAACCAGUCAUAUGAGACCAGGAAGGCUUUUCUGACGCAGUAUUUCAAUCAAGCGCCAUAUCCAACACAGCGAGAGGUGGAGAAGUUGGCCUCCAGUCUCUGGCUGUGGAAGUCUGAUAUCUCCAGCCACUUUGUCAGCACAAGGAGAAGAUGUGUGCAAGAAUGUGAAGCUCAGAAUGCCAGCGUCCUGCUCGGUUUCAGCAUGCACGAGCUCAGCAAACUACAUCAUGAGCUGGCGUUUCUCCAGGACGGUGUGUACGAGUGCAAGCACGAGAAACGGCGGACAUCAAAGAAGCGUUUGGGAGUGUCGGAGCAGGCUCUCCAGAAACACAAGGAGCUUGUGGCCGCUAAUGGUGGCGUGGCUCUGCUGCAAGGGUGGAAACCAGCAGGGACCGUGGAAGGUGCAGAAGUGGCACUAUCUGUUCCUAAUCCAAGCGGCGUCUGUAGAGACCAAACCAAGACAAUCAGUCACACCUUCCCACGAAAAACACCUCUAGACCUUUCUGAGCCCAUCGCCAUCGACUCAGACAGUGAUGAGGAAGAACUGCAGAAGGAUGAGGAACCAGAGGGAGAGGCGCAUCUCCAUGGCAACCAGCAGCUUACUGGAGCUAGGAAGAGAAUAGAGCCAAGGACAGACAUUAAGAUGGAUUCAGAUUUAGAUGAUCUGUCUGAUGAUGAUGAUGACGACGAUGAAGAUAAUGAUGAUGACGAUGAUGAUAAUGAUGAUGACGAUGAUGAUGACGACAACGAUGAUGAAGAACCGCAUGUAGAGAAUGGUUUUGGCACAACAGAGAGCUCAGGAAGACCAGCUGCCAAAGGAAGAGACCCUUUACCCAUCAUCAUCCCCAAGUUUGUACCAUCGUCCGCAAGAAGUGAGAGAGAUGGAGCCCAGCUGGGCAAACAGCAAGUCUGACUCACAAGUCAGAAAAGACUCAUUCACUCCAAAAGGCAUUCAGGAGUGGCUCCACACCAACAAAUCUGCCUCUCUUGAACUCGAGAACAGCUACGCAGAGCGAGGGAAGUGGUAAAAAGAGACCGGUCGAAACAAGCCAUCCAGUGACGUUUUAAAACGGGCUCGGCGAGCAGCUAAAACUGGCAACAAAGGUGCAAAGACAAUAAAUUUACACCAAACAAAAAGUAAAAAAAAAAAAAGUUUGUUUGCCUUCGUAUUCCUAAUUACAUGGAAAUAAAGGGUCAUUGCAUUGAUUAAGCCACCGAGCUUGUCAACGUAGCUGAAACUCCGUUGUUUUGGCGUAAACUAUAAUCCAUCUCUUUUCUUGUAGUUCUAAGAUCG